ACAGGAAGUUACAUUUCUUCUUAGCAGCUGACGCCUUUGUUAUGAUUAUAUAGAUCUAGGGUCUAGAUCUAAUGAUCAACUAAUAAAAUAGAAUAGAUACACAUAUUACAUAAACAUUUUCUUAAAUUGUAAUCCACUUGUAGGCCCUAGUAUUUUUGAUAACCCAAAUGGCAAUAUAUUCUUAUGCGUCGUGAUGCAUCUGCCUCAAACUAAAGUGUGUCAAACGAUUCUGAAGGGGCUGGUAGGAUGUCUGGGUAAGGGUGUGCCUGUCAAUGGGUCAGUGCUUGUCUCCGUGUUGUGAGAAGCAGGGGCGUAGCAGUCCGGUGGGCAGUUUGGCUGACACAGGCCACCCCAACCACUCCCGCACACAGUACAUAGCUGGGAUCACUGUACCUGACAGCAAAGAUAACGGAUGCGGAGAGCCUAACCCAGCAGUGACUACAGCAAACUCUGAGUGGAAAAUGUUUACACCCUACCCCAAACUUCCCCCCAUUAAAAAACAAGCUGUUAAUGCUGAAGCUAAACGCUUGUCCCUCAUUUCCAAGGAAGUUUCUGAAGCCAAAAUUUUGUCUCUUUUUGAAGUUUAUAGGGACAAAAAUGAAGAUUGCAUAUUAGCUGACGGCAUUGAAAGAUUGUGUAUAGAUCUUGAAGUAAAGCCAGAAGAAUUUAUUGUUUUAAUAUUGGCCUGGAAGUUUGGCGCUGAAACAAUGUGUGAGUUCUCACGGCUAGAGUUUGUGCAAGGCUGUAAAGCCAUGAAAGUUGAUUCACUUAAAGGGAUACAGAACAAAUUCCCAGAACUUUUAGCAGAAGUUGGGGAUAAACAAGCUUUCAAAGAUCUGUACCGCUGGACUUACAAGUUUGGUUUAGAUAGCUCUUCUGGCCAGAGAACGUUGCCCACUGACAUGGCCAUCAGCCUGUGGAAACUUGUCUUUUCUCAGAACGAACCUCCUGUUCUUCAAAGGUGGCUAGAGUUCUUGGAAAAACACAGCAGUAUCCGUGGGAUACCAAAAGACACAUGGGAUAUGUUUCUUAACUUCACAGAGCAAGUUGGAGAGGACCUAAGUAGUUAUGAUGACACAGAGGCCUGGCCAAGUCUUCUUGAUGACUUUGUAGAGUUUGAGAAUGACAGGCACAAUCAGAAUGUUACAGCUGACUGAUUCACUCAGUCGUAUCAAUGUUACAACUGACAGAAUCACUCAGCCGUAUCACUGAUACAACUGACUGAAUUACUCAGCCGUGUCAAUGUUACAACUGACAGAAUCACUCAGUCGUAUCACUGUUACAACUGACUGAAUCACUCAGUUGUAUCACUGUUACAACUGACUGAAUCACUCAGUUGUAUCAUACAAAAUAAGUUUCGUAGCCAUAUCCUUGUUUGACUGUUCUUGAAUUUGUGACCCUUAAUUCAUGUUGUAUUUCUUUAUAUCUUUGCUGUUGAAUUGCUGGAAGAAAGGUUGAACAAUUUUUAAAAAUUGUUCAUUUAUAUAUGAGUUUCAAAACAUAGUAAAUUUAAAAUAUUAUCUUUUCAUUAUAAAUUAAUUUCUAUUUGGGGUACCAUUUGUGUAGAGGUCACCUCUUCAAACAAUUAUUUUUAGUGUACGUAUUAUUGUUAUGUUUUUAUUAUCAUGUGAUAUACCAAGCAAUUUAUGUCUAAAUUUAACUAAGACUAAUAAUUUAUUAAGCAAAUCAUUUUAAAAAAAGAAUAGGGCUCAAACUUUUUUAUUUUUAUGUGAAAAAUGUUCAACUCUCCACAACCUGAGGACAAAAAAGUUGUUAGCUCCAAAUUUGACUGGCAUAUAGAUGUUUCUGAGCAUUGAUAACAUUGAUAUUGUAUUGGAUCAUUGACAAGUUCAAUACUGUAUUGGCUUGAAAAGUGGUUCAAAAUUGGCUCUUCUAUAAAAAAAUUUGAAAUAGGUUCAAAUUGACUUCCGGUUUUAUUUAGUUUAGAAAUAUUCAAGUAAUAAACAAGUAAUCAUUAUUAAUAUAACAUCUGAGCGUAAAUCUUAAAAUAGAGAGACCAUUACAAUAAAAAUAUAUGCAACUGCAUUUUUAACACUAAAAUGGAACUGAACAGGUCCAGUUUGCCAAUUUGUUUAUCUUUGGUCACACUGUACGCUGUUUAUUUUAUCGCAUACACCAAUUGUUUCACUUUCCCUGGCCACCUAGGUUCACUCAAGUCAAUGUAUAGUUACAGUAUGUUUUGUUUAAAAUAUGAAUCAAUUUGAAUUGAUAAAAUAGAUCCAAAUUAUUUUCAAUGGUUUAUCCCUGAUACAAAAAUUUGAAAAUGAGUGCAACCAAUUUUUUCCAAUUUAAUUUUUAAAAAUGUAACCAUUCCAUCGCUUGCCAUAUUUUAAAAAGAAUUUUUAAAAUUUUAGAAUAGAUUGAUUUUGAACCACUUUUCAAUAUUUGUAAUUAAGAUUUUUGUGCUUUAGGUUUUUAAAAAUUUGAAUUGAUUACUUCUUUUUAAAAGUGAUUAUUCCUGUAUACAAUGUUCCUUUGAAUUAUUAGCAAAAUCAAACUAUUUGCUUCUGAUGCUGUUGGCUUACGGAUUUUGUAGCAAUUGGUGUGUUUUAGUAUAUUGACUAUUGAGCUAAGAACUUAGAAAUGGGUAACAGCACAAAAGUUGUGGGCAUGAAAGGAAGUUUGAAUGAGCAUCCACUACAUAGGAGAUUUAACAUGACCUGUUCUCCUUCACAGUCAAAUGAUGGUGUUGGUUAGAGCUAGAGUUUUGAAGAAGUGGCCAGAUUUUUCUGGUGGCUGAUCUGAAUUUUUGUUAGUUUAUCAUUAUCAGUUUGAUUAUUUUAUGAGUUUUUUUGUUGGUGAUAGAAAUGUAUGAGUUAAAUACUCGGUCGGUCAUUCAGUGCCUCAUCAAAGUUUUAUUCUGAAAACAUUUAUGCUCUGCCGGGGUGAAAGGUUGAUUAGGAUAAUUACUAACAUGCUAAGAUUCUUGUAGUAUAUCUGGUGUUCAUGUUAUUUGGUUAGUCUCACAUGUAUUAUAGGCAAUACUUUAUUAUUUUAAUAUUAUUUAUUUAUGACUUAGUAAGAACUAAUUUCCUCAAUAUUUUAGUAUGCUUUAGGUGGAACCUCUGGGUUUUGAGAAAUUGAUUGAGUGGUGUACAGCAGCUUAAGUACCAUAUCAGCUAUGGCUGCACUUCUAACACAGUGGUACGGAAUGUUUACAAUUGAUAUUUUAAAUAAUUUAAAAAUCUAAAACCCGCUGCAUAGUCUAUACUUCUUAUAUUUUUAACUUAAAUUUCAAACAGCCAAAGGUGCAAUGUUUAUUUCCGCCCAUUUUGGUCAACCCCAGCUAAAUGAAUGUAUCACAAAACUCUUCAACACAAACCACUUGGUCUAGAUCUCCACCAGUGAUCUCCACCAGUAGUGAGCUGUUUGUUUUAACUGACACACAUUUCAUGAUACUUUACUCAACUUUCUGGGCUCACUAUUUAAACUGACACGCAUUUCAUGAUACUUUACUCAACUUUCUGGGCUCACUAUUUAAACUGACACACAUUUCAUGAUACUGUACUCAACUUUCUGGGCUCACUAUUUAAACUGACACACAUUUCAUGAUACUGUACUCAACUUUCUGGGCUCACUAUUUAAACUGACACACAUUUCAUGAUACUGUACUCAACUUUCUGGGCUCACUAUUUAAACUGACACACAUUUCAUGAUACUUUACUCAACUUUCUGGGCUCACUAUUUAAACUGACACACAUUUCAUGAUACUUUACUCAACUUUCUGGGCUCACUAUUUAAACUGACACACAUUUCAUGAUACUUUACUCAGCUUUCUGGGCUCACAAUAUUUGCAAUGUUAUUUUUUUUUCAGAUAUUAGGAAAAUAUUUGGAGUAAAUUGUUUAAAUGUGUCAUUGUUUUUUGUUGUGAAAUGGAAAUCUGAAGGCUGCAUAAAAUAUCCUCCCAAGAGCCUUGACAUUCAUGUAACAAUAAGUUCUUGCUGUCAUUUCAAAUAUUUUCUUUACUCAUCUUUAAUGUUGUAUUGCAUGUAAAACAGCAAAUUUA